CUGUUUUAUUUCUCAUCUACAGAACACUGUUUGCAUCUUUAUAUAUAUAGACCAACCAAGAUCACAGUUCUUCAUCAAAUCCAAAAUUCAUCAUAAACCUCUCAAUAUUGUUCACUUGAAAUAUUUACCAAUUUAAAGAAAGCAGAAGCUGAAAGAAGAAGAAAAGGAUGAGUUCGGCAAGCAGAGCUUGGAUUGUGGCAGCGAGUGUUGGAGCUGUGGAGGCACUCAAAGAUCAAGGGUUCUGUAGAUGGAACUAUGCCAUGAGAUCCAUACACCACCACGCCAAGAACAACAUGAGAUCUUAUUCUCAGGCCAAGAAACUGUCUCCCUCGUCAUCCGCCGUGGUUUCGAGUAAAAUAAGAGAAGAGAAGGCAAAGCAGUCAGAGGAGUCUCUCAGAAAAGUCAUGUACUUGAGUUGUUGGGGUCCCAAUUGAACCCCCCAAAUUAUUGAUAGUUUGAGAAGUUUGUUAUUCCGAGGUUCGAUCGGAAAUUGUAUAGUCCAAAGCCAGUUGCUUUAUAAAGAAAAAAAAAAAAAAAAAAAACCCUCAAAUUUUGUUGUUUAA